AUGUUAAGGAAUAAAACCUGCUCGAGUCUUUUCGAGAUUUCGCGCCCCAGAAAAAUCAAAUUCUUAACGUCCUCCAUGACAUUCGAACUUACCUAUAGCUUCAACUCCAGCUGCCAACCAACCUACCGUCUCAUAAGUCAGCUCAGCCAUAGAUCUUUAUCUAGGCGCUUGUACAUAUUUUUCACCGGUUGCUUCAACCAAAAAUCGAAUCUAUUUCAUCGGGAUCAUGUAUCGACAGUCAUGUUGUCAUAA